AUCCCAUCCGCCGCCAUUAAAGCUUUUACCCUCCUUUCAUCUCCUCUGUUUUUCGUGUUUCCUUUCGGCAGAGGAUGAAGCAGGAGGAUGAAGUCGACAAUUUUCCGAUCCGCCCUCGACGUACCAUCCCUUUACUCCGCGAGAAGAGGAAGACGAAGGUGACAGUAGCUAGUUUAUACGACAAUGCCCAGAUUAUGGGUGCCAUGAAGAGGAAGGCCAAGGAGAUUGAAGCCAAUCUUAAGAAGACCCAUCGUCAAUGCCCUACUUUAAUCAGGCUCUUGAUGCCUUCCCACCUUGCUCCUCGAUUUAAGCUGCGGCUACCCAAAAGAUUCUGCUAUCGGAAUAUGCCACUUGCGGAUAAACAGAUCAGGUUGGAAGGCGAAAAGGGAAGAGUGUUCCCCGCCAGCUAUCUCCACCGUGGGCUAGUAAUCGCUGGUGGGUGGAAGGCCUUCGCCGUUGAUCAUGGCCUAGCUGCUGGAGAUAUUCUGGUUUUCCAACUUGUCAAGCCAUUGAAUUUCAAGGUCUACAUUGUGAGGGUGAAUGCCGUUAAGGAAGUGGAUGUUAUUCAGUCUGAAGCAGCUGGGACUUCAAUAGUGGAAUUUGAAGAUAGUAGUGAGAACAAUAGCUUAAUGGAUGACGACGACGAAGAUGAUGAUGAUGUUGGGUUUGAGCUGGAUCCGGGGAUUGAAAGUGGAACAGAUAGUAACAUGGAGUUGCUGAAAUCCAAUGCUAAUAAUAACUUUGAACGAGUGAAGUGCUUCGAGGAUUUCAAGAUAGUGGCAAACGGUUCAGUCAUAAGUGGCAAGCUGCCCGAGCUGAUUCGAUUCAAGUACUACCAACUGUGCCUCAGCCAGAGAUCGUUUCUGCACCGAGACCUUCUCAAGGGGCUGAACGUGGGGAUCAUCAGCGGAAUGAUUGCUGACAUCUGCGACAUUGCAGGUGCCAUCAGGGCGAUGUCGAAGGUGGUCCCAAAGAAAGAUCUGGAGACGUGGGGCAGCAAGUUGAAAGGGUUCAAGGAGCUGGGGAUGAACGUCGGUUUCCUGCUCGCUCGACUGGGGAAGCUCGAGUUGCUUGCUGAUAAGGCAAACGGGUACGAGAGGCUGAUGAAGGAGAGAGGUGGUAUGAAGCAGGAGCUGCAGAAUUUGGUGAAGCAAGCUCGGAGGGUGAAAGAGAAACUGGAACUGGUCGAUAAGGAGAUUGUGAAACUUGGGGUUGCCGGAAGUGGUAGUGUUGAGAGUGACUUCCUGGAGCUGGCGAAGGCGCCUUGGUGAUGGAAGAUUGAGGAGAGGAAGUUGGUCUGUUUUGGGGGUGUGUAAGUCGUUUUGGGAUCUACAUUCUGCGUAGUCUGUUUAGGUUUAACAUAGACUGUUAACAUAGACCGUGGUUUUGAAGCGCUGAGGUGAAUGGAAGAUUUGGAGUGCUUUGUAUAAGCAUUUAGCGGGGGGUUUUGGUGCUCUUUUGUAUAUAGCUACGUGUGGAGCCAUAGAUGAAAUGUAAAUAUUAGCUUCAUCUUACGCCUCUUUGGUCUUUAUGCAAGUUGACAUAUCAUCCACUGUCUGAUAGUCGUACAACUUUACCUACAGACGUGGUAGAACGACCAAAUAAUCAAUUAACUUGAAAAUG